GUUCUCUUCCCGGCAAGAUGGCGAUGGGUUCAGUUUGCCGUCGCUGGCAGCUUCUGCGACUCCUACAGCCCCCGCGUUCGUUCCACAGCGUCGCAGGGUCCCUGAAACCGCUGGCAACCAAGCUCCUCGCAGCCCGCUCGGGUAGUGGGCGGCCACACUACGCUCUUCUCGCCGUCCUAACCCCUCGCUGCAUCAGUACAUCUGCUGCCCUCUUUGCAGAAGCCCAGGUCCAGGUACCUCCUGUUGUUCCUGCUGCCUCAGCCCCUGCUGCAGUACCAGAGGUAGCUUCUGCAGGACCUGCAGAUGUCGUCCAGUGUGCAACAGAACAGAGCUUCGCAGAACUGGGGCUUGGCUCUUACACCCCAGUGGGACUCAUCCAGAACCUCUUGGAAUAUAUACAUGUGGACCUGGGCCUGCCUUGGUGGGGGGCCAUUGCCACGUGUACUGUCCUUGCCCGCUGCCUUGUUUUCCCUCUCAUUGUGAAGGGCCAGCGAGAAGCAGCCAAGAUCCACAACCACAUGCCGGAGAUGCAGAAGUUUUCCGCUCGAAUCAGAGAGGCCAAGUUGUCAGGAGACCAGGCUGAGUUUUACAAGGCCACCAUAGAGAUGACCCACUAUCAGAAAAAGCAUGACAUUAAAUUCUUCAGGCCGCUCAUCCUACCUCUCACUCAGGCCCCCAUCUUCAUCUCCUUCUUUAUUGCCUUGAGAGAGAUGGCCAACCUGCCUGUGCCCAGCCUCCAGACAGGUGGGCUCUGGUGGUUUCAAGAUCUCACGGUAUCUGAUCCCAUCUACGUCUUGCCACUGGUAGUCACUGCCACAAUGUGGGGUGUCCUUGAGCUAGGCGCUGAGACAGGUAUGCAGAGCUCUGACCUCCAGCUCAUGAGGAACGUCAUCAGGGUGAUGCCUCUAGCAGUCUUGCCCGUGACUAUCCACUUCCCCUCGGCGGUGUUCAUGUACUGGCUGUCCUCCAACGUGUUCUCCCUGUGCCAAGUAGCCUGCCUCCGGUUUCCAGCUGUGCGCACAGCACUCAAGAUCCCCCAGCGAGUUGUGCAUGACCCUAGCAAGUUACCUCCCAGGGAAGGCUUCUUGAAGAGCUUCAAAAAAGGCUGGAAGAAUGCUGAAAUUGCACAUCGGCUCCGAGAGCGGGAGGAGCGGAUGCAGAAACACUUGGACCUAGCUGCCAGAGGACCCUUACGACAGACUUUUACCCACAACCCUCUGCUACAGCAUGAUCCAAGUCGCUCCCCCAACACCCCCAACAGCAGCACCAACAGCGUCAAAGCAAACACAAAGAAGCCGUGGCAGGACACACUCGGCUGAUGCGUUCUGUGCUCACCGGGACGAGAGCCCUGCCUCUGCACAGACUCCUCGGAACAGAGGUGAUGCUGUCCUCGCCCCAGCCCUGGGCACUGCAGCAUUUGGAAGUGUUCAUUUUAAACAUAGUUUCCACUAUAGACUCUUACUUGUGUGUGUUAAAAGGGCCCUGGAGAGCCACCUGGAUAGAGUUAGUAAACCUCUGUCUUAUCUGGGCU